UUCCCAUCACUGGAAAGGGGGCAGCUGGGCUUGGUAGUCAGGCACAUUAACAGUGCAACGUGGUGGCACGAGCACCUUUCUGAAGAGAAUGUCCAGUUCCUCAAGAAGAUAACUGCAGAGGAAUACAAAGCUCAGACAGCCAGCAAGCUGUGCCCUCUAAAAGAUGAGCCAUGGCCACUGAACGAGUGGAAACCAGAUUCCGUCAGAGUUGGUGUUGUUGCAGUAAAACUGGGAAUGAUGCCAGUAUGGACCAAGUCAGGAAAAAAACAUGCUGUCACACUACUUAAGGUGCAAGAUUGCCAUGUUUUAAGAUACAUUUCAAAGGAAGAGUCGGGUGGAAAAACAUCUAAGCUACUUGUUGGAGGCAAAAAUGCAUCUCCUUUUUCUAAAUCAGAGUCUGCAAUGGAAAUUUUUAAAGAAGCUGGAGUACCACGGAAGCAGAAAGUGACAACAUUUAAUGUAACAGAUGAUGCCAUAAUUAAACCAGGUACUCCUUUGUAUGCUGCUCACUUCCGCCCAGGGCAGUUCGUGGAUGUUACUGCAAAAACAAUAGGUAAAGGAUUUCAAGGUGUCAUGAAAAGGUGGGGAUUUAAAGGCCAGCCUGCUAGCCAUGGCCAGACAAAAACUCACAGACGUCCUGGAGCAAUAUCUACCAAUAAAGCUUCCAAAGUUUAUCGCGGAAAGAAAAUGCCUGGUAAAAUGGGUAACAUCUAUAGGACAUCUCUUGGAUUAAAGGUGUGGAGGAUCAACACAAAACAUGACAUUAUUUAUGUAAAUGGGUCUGUUCCAGGUCACACAAAUUGUCUGGUGAAG